UUUAUGAGUCAUGUGAAUUUGGACCAGAGAUCAUCUGUAUAUGGUUGUUAGUUAGCUAAGUAGUUAGUAAGUCAGUGGAGAUAACCAUUAAAGAUGUGGGUGCUGCCCGAAGAGAUUCUGUUGCCGGGUGCUUUCUGGGAGACCCUGAGAUCGAAUGAGUUCUUCUACAUGCAGCAGAGCAGAGGAGCAGCUAAGAAAGGAAUCUCAGGAAUGUUUCUGGGUACAGUGGACACCCUGAUUGACGCCAAGUCAGCACCCUUCCGCAUCAUCCUCCACACUCCAGACAGUGACGUGUACAUGUCAGUGGCAGCGAGUCACUCCAGAGAAGAGAUUGACGAAGAUUGGGAUUGGCUCGAGCAGAAUAUACUAGCUGCUCUCGUUAGCUUUGAACAGAGAUAUGAUGAUGUGCGAAUUUACGUGUCCACUAAAAUUGAGUCGCUUGUCGCUGCAUUGUCGGAUGGCUUAAACGGGCAGCACAGUCGUGACCACUCAUCGAACAUUCUGGAAUCCCGCAAUACAAUGGACGAGACCAUUACUAGUGGCGAUGUAAUUAGCAGCCAGUUUAAAAUGGCUAAUCAGUCGAGUGGGAACUCGGAGGAUGAGGAGAGUAAAGCAUACAAGAUGGCGUCGGUGAAGUUCAGGAAGAGGUUCCAGAUGCCUGAAGAAGAGAAGCUGGUGAACUAUUACUCCUGCUCCUACUGGAAGGGAGUCAUGCCGAGACAGGGCUGGCUGUACCUGUCAGUGAACCACUUGUGUUUCUACUCGUUCUUCAUGGGCAGUGAGUCCACAGUGUGUGUGAGGUGGAGUGACAUCACCUCCCUCGAUCGCAAACAAGGGGUCAUCGGCACCAACAACCGCAUCACGGUGUGCACUAGACAGGGCGUGUUUGAGUUCUCGAUGUUGAUGAAUGCGGGCGAGACAUACAGACUGUGCCAGCAACUGGUCUCCUUCGCCCUCCGGCUCCUCAUGGCAGAGGCCGGAUACUCCUCAUUCGGAUUCAAGGACAAGAAGCGGAAGAAGCACAGUUCCCUGAUGAAGAGAGACCUCUAUGCCCAGUUGAGGAGUGACAACUACAGAGCCCUGUUCAGUCUACCGAGGAGUGAGAAGCUGCACGGCGACUGCAGCUGCAGUCUGUGGCUGCCUUACGACAGGACAGCCAUUAGAGGCAAACUCUACAUCUCACAUAAUUUCGUCUGCUUCAACAGUUCAGACAGUGGGGCUGCAAUGGUUAAGCUAGUGCUGCCCAUUUAUGAAAUCACACACGUGGAUAAGAUAGACAAGGCAGCCAAUGAGAUCAGAGACGGGGUGCACAUCACUAUGAAGAAUGGAGCGGACAAUGUAUUGCUGGGUCGUCUGAGUGACCGUACAAGUGUAAUAGGGGCAAUCACGGGCUCCAUGCGACACACCUCUGCAUCUAUAGAAGACAACCUCUAUUCAGACAGACACGACACAGACACUAGCACCAACAGGAGAAAAAAAUUCAGGGUGAGAACAGUUGAUUCAGAAACUGGCAGUUCACAUGGGGAUUUGUCCUCUGGCACUUCGAGUGGUAGCUGGGGCAUGGUCACCAGGAGGGACUUGGAAGAUGGAGAGGAUGAGUGGGCUGCUGAAAACGAAGAGGAGUCAGCCAGCUUGUCUUCUCUGGACCCGUUUGAGCUGCAGCCCGCCCUUAUCACCCUCUUUCAUCAAUCAACAGUCAUAUCGGACGACACCCUAACAGACAACACCACAUCUACUACUAUGGCUGAAACUAAAACAUCAAAAGAGGAAGGAGAAGGAGUGAAGAGAGAAGGGGAGAUUGAAAACCAGGCAAGUGCAGCCAGUGUGCAUCUGAAGAAAGAGGAGGCCAAACAGAAACUGUGGAUAGACCACUUUGAUAAAUUUGGCAGAGGGGCAACCAUGUACAGGACUCUUGAGACACUGCAGCUGAUCAGGAAGGGUCUCCCUGAGUUGUACAGAGGGGAGAUGUGGAUGAUCUACAGUGGGGCAUUACACGACAAGAAACUACAUCCGGGAUACUACGAGAAACUAGUAUACUCCACACCCAACAGAGCUGAUGCAGUGGCCCCGGACGAGAUAGAGCGAGACCUUCACAGAUCCCUGCCCGAACAUCCCGCCUUCCAGAGCAACGUAGGCAUAGCUGCUCUACGCAGGGUGCUCAAUGCAUACGCUAGAAGGAACCCAAACAUUGGGUACUGUCAGGCGAUGAACAUAGUGUCUAGUGUGAUCCUGCUCUACUGUGCGGAGGAGGACGCCUUCUGGCUCCUCAUAGCUCUCUGUGAGAGGCUCCUCCCAGACUACUACAACACUCGAGUGGUGGGCGCACAGGUGGACCAGUAUGUGUUGACGCAACUCUGCGAGAAGUUCAUGCCCGAGUUGGCGCAGAGGCUGGCGGAGUUGGACGUGUUGACGAUGGUGUCUCUCUCCUGGUUCCUCACUCUCUUUCUCUCCGUGAUGCCAUUCAAUUGUGCCACCCACAUCAUCGACUGCUUCUUCUGCGACGGAGCCAGAGCCAUAUUCCAAGUUGCCCUUUCUAUACUGGAGGAGAACAAGGAGGAGUUGGCUGCGUGUAAAGAGGAGACUGACGUCAUCACUGUGUUCGUGGACUUCUUCCAGUCCCUGAAGAACUUCCAAGAGCUGACAGUUAACCCUACCAAACAGGAGCAUACUUCUUCCUCUGUGGGAAAUAACAGUAACAUAGACACCAACCCAACAGACAGUGAAACUGAACCAGAAAACAGCAGCUCUGAGUCGUCAACUGGAGAUCAAAAAGAAGGUUCCAGACAAAAGCGGAAGCCAGUUUUGGUGGGCAAAAUCAUUUACAAUGCGUAUCACUUAUUCGGCACCAUAACGAAUGAGGAAAUUGAAGCACUUCGUUUCAAGUAUCGCAUCAAGGUCAUACAGAAUUUGGAGGAUUCUACUAAACGCACUGUUCUGCGAAAUGUGGGUGAGAGCUCUGUGUUCAGCGAGAGUGAACUGGAGUUGCUUUAUGAGGCAUUCAAAAAGGAGCAGGUGGCUGGGUUUUUCUGGUCCCAGCUGCAACCGCAGCAGGCAUUCGACAGAAGGGAUCCCUUCUGUGUCCAGUCCAAAAUCAACCGCGAAAGAUAUUCUACCUUGAUGAAGACUCUGUCGCCUUGGUGCCAGCAUUCAAUGGCUGAUCAGAUGUGUGAGCGUUCCUUCUGGGCGGUAGACGUGGACGGAGACGGACUCGUGAACUUCGCCGAGUUCUGUCUAGCCCUCUCUCUCAUGACUAGACAGGCGGCGGAGGAGAGAAUCAAGUUCCUCUUCCUCAUGCAUCUCUGUCCAUAUAUAACGACAACUAAUACCAGUAGUAGUAGCAACAGAGAAAGCAAACCAACAGACACUGACAGCUCAACUGGUUUGGCAAGUGAAGAUGUCGAUGCGAACCAGGACAUGUUUUGCAGCGAUGCUUCCUCCUCGCCAAUCGAGUUCGUAGAUGCAUCUAUGGUCCCUUCUGGGGGAUCCAAUAGUCCAGAAAACGAAUCAGAAGACAAAAGUGACAGAUACAAGACAGAUAGCAGUGGAUCAAUUGCCAAAUCGAAGUCAACGCCUCAGUUUGACGAGAAGAAACAACAUUCGAAGCAGCAUAAAAGGAGGACAACUGAGAGUAGUAAUAUGGCCGUUGAUAUGACCGAAGGUGACUUGGGCGUGUGCUCCUACAGACAGCUAACAAGCGUGGGAAGGGGAGGGGACAGAAUUGAUAAGUGGGUGAUGAACUAUCAGAGACUGGGAGAGGUGAGUCUGAAUCAGCAGCAAUUCAUCCAGUUGUGGAAGAGUCUCUAUGACGUGUUCCAGAAUGAAACUAACGAACAGGACCUAUACUUUGCAAUCGGAACUAUUGGGUCGAAUUUAUUGAGAAUGGGAGACGUCAAAAAGGGCAAAAUACGAGCUGAAUCAAUGCAAGCUUCCAACUCCAUAACUAAUCCUGCUGGUCCAAUUGGAGAUCUGUCAGAGGUGCCCAACAUGGGCAUGGAUCCAGGUGUGUUUGACGUGGACUGGCGAAUCGAGUUCAACCAAUUUCUGGCCAGUAUUAGUCAGUUCAGUGAAGUCUUCCAGUUCUUCAACUCCAAAGUCCCAAUCAAGGAUCGAUCCAAGACGCUUGUUGCUCCUCAGACAGAGUAGCAAGUGAAGGGUGUGUUAUGAGUUAAAAAGAUUAAGAUAUUUUUCCAUUUCUUGUUUCAAUCUAAAAUUUAAAAAUAUCUAUUUUGCUGUAAUUAGUUUUUAGCUGAAUUGUAAAUUAACAGCGGUAUAGAUCAAAAUUUUGCAGAGCAUUUCAAAGUGAGCGUUCUUUGACCGUAAUAUUCAAUUGAAUCUAGGAUAAACACUUCUUGAUUUUUUUCUGAUGUCCUUAAUUUUGACCAGCUCACGUAUGGUUAGGUCAAGUAUAUUCAUCGCCCUUCUUGAUUCUAUCUGAUAAAACUGUAAUUUAAUGCUUCAUGAUCAUUUUACCAAUGUAGUUUAAUGUUUAUCAACGAUUUUGAAGGUGCUUAGCUAGACUUUAAUUUAUUCAAGGUAUUUUCUGUAACAUAAUUUCCACGAAAUAGUCUUGAAUUUACUUUAUUGUAAUUA